AUGGGUGUCAAAUUUGAUAAAACUUUUCAAAUAUCUACUACAGCCUUAUAUUGGAAUCUAGGCCAUCCAUCGAUACCUGUAACUUUAAAAUGGGUGAUAAAAAUGCUUAUUUUUUACCGAAUGAUGAUAUACUGUCCAGUUUUCAUAACUAUGAUUUACAGUAGCAUUUACUACGACAGUUUUAGCAGAAUUUGCACUAAUCUCGGUUUAGCAGCCGUUUUUGGUAUAAUAAGCUUUAACUACACCAUUCUAAUCGUUUACAAAAAGCGAUUUAUUCAGAUGAUGAGAAUAGUCGAAGAAGACUUAGAGCGUUCAAGUGAACUGAACAUAGAAGAUGAGAUUGUGGUUAGAGGCUAUACUGCCAAGGGAAGGAAGGUGACAAAAUAUUGGCUCAACGUAUGUAUAAUUUGCGACGGAUUUAUUUGCAAACCUGUUUUGGGCACCACUUAUUUUGCCCUAACGAGCAAUUUCACACUUGUCCCUAUACACGAGCUCACUUAUCCUACGAACUUAGAAGAAAGGAAGAAUGAAUUCGACAUGUAUUUGUUGAUAAUUGCCUUUCAAUUGUUUUACGUUUUACUAUCGAGUCUGAUGUAUGUUGGGUUUAACCCAUUGGGUCCUAUAUUUAUAAUGCAUGCGUGUGGGCAAAUGGACUUGGCGAUUAGGCAAGUGAGACGAUUAUUUUUGGAGAACAACAUUAAGAUCGAAGAGAGAAUACGCAGAUUGAGAGACAUAGUGCGCCUUGUACAAAAUAUUUACAGUUUUGUGGAUCAAAUACAAGAGACGCACAAAUUAUUAUUCGAAAUGUAUUUAAAAACCAGCACGGUUGUUAUUCCCAUUUCUUGUUUUGGUAUUAUUGAGUCGUAUCACGAAGGCAAUUUAAGCCUUGAUCUUAUCGGCUACGUAUUUGCCUGCUAUACGCAAUGCUUCAUUCCAUGCUACUACUGCGAGUUUCUCUUAAGUAAAGGCGAGGAAUUCCGAAACGCCAUAUAUUCUUGUGGCUGGGAAAGAUACUGGGGGUCGAGGAGUCGUUCCAUGAUUUUGCUGAUGUUAACCAGAACAGCACGACCAUUGCGGAUACAUGCACUGUUCAGUAUAGUCUGCUUUGAGGCAUUUGCUAAUGUAAACAGUCAGGCAUACCGAAUUUUCAAUGUUUUAAAUGCGGCUUGGAACUGA